UCGUGGAAAGUUCGUGCGCGUGAUUGCUCGGACGUUGUACGAUUCCACGCGCACAUUGCUUGCGAAUUUUUUUCCACGAUCGCUGUACGCUCUUUCGCUGUGUAUACAACAUGGAUCUACCGAGUGUAGACGCGUCACAACCGAAGGCUAUAAGAAUGGCAGGAUCGGCGGAAAGCGAAAGCGGACCAGAAGUACAUGAUGAGUCACUCUUCGGCGUCUUGGACAUAUUGUUGAUCGUCGGUCUUUUCUUAGCGGCAGCAUGGUGGCUCCUGAAAAGAAGAAAGCGGGAAGAAAUCACGCCAUCAACGAAAUCCUAUUCUAUCCAACCGACGUCAUUCGCCGCGGUACCACCAUCGGAAAAUUCUUUUAUCAAGAAGCUGAAGACUUCCGGGCGGAGUCUGGUUGUCUUUUACGGCAGUCAAACGGGUACUGCUGAAGAAUUUGCUGGGCGUCUUGCCAAAGAAGGCAUCAGAUACAAGAUGAAGGGCAUGGUGGCUGAUCCCGAGGAAUGCGACAUGGAGGAGUUGGUACAUUUGAAAACUAUUCCAAAUAGUUUAGCAGUGUUUUGCUUGGCUACGUACGGAGAAGGCGAUCCCACCGACAACGCAAUGGAGUUUAUUGAAUGGCUCAAGAACGGUGACGGUGAUCUCACAGGAUUAAAUUACGCGGUAUUCGGGUUGGGUAAUAAAACCUAUGAACACUAUAAUGAGAUUGGAAUAUAUGUGGAUCACAGAUUGGAGCAGCUGGGUGCUACGCGCGUGUGCGAGUUGGGGCUUGGGGAUGAUGAUGCAAACAUAGAAGAUGACUUUAUUACGUGGAAAGAUAAAUUUUGGCCGGCUGUUUGUGAAUUCUUUGGCAUCGAAGGCGCUGGUGAAGAUGUUAGUAUUCGACAGUACAGACUUACGGAACACGUAGAUCUACCAGCCGAACGCAUCUACACUGGAGAGAUCGCUCGUCUUCAUUCCUUUACGAACCAGAGAAUACCAUAUGAUGCGAAAAAUCCAUUCUUGGCUCCUGUGAAAGUGAACCGCGAAUUACAUGGUCCAACAUCUGACAGAUCAUGUAUGCAUAUAGAAUUCAAUAUCGAAAAUACCAAAAUGCGUUACGAGACUGGUGAUCAUUUGGCUGUCUAUCCUGUGAACAACACAGAGUUGGUGAACAAAAUUGGUGAACAAUGCGAUGCAAAUUUGGAUACUGUUUUCACCCUUACGAAUACAGACGAGGAAUCCUCGAAGAAGCAUCCAUUCCCUUGUCCUUGCAGUUACAGAACUGCUUUAACACAUUACUUAGAUAUUACAAGUAAUCCGCGCACGCAUGUCCUCAAGGAAUUAGCAGAGUAUACGACCGAUCCCGUAGAUAAGGAGAAGCUAAAAUUGAUGUCAUCGACCAGCGCAGAGGGCAAGUCUGCUUAUCAGCAAUGGAUAAUUCAAGAGAAUCGCAAUAUUGUGCAUAUUUUGGAGGAUAUUCCCAGCUUAAAGCCACCACUAGAUCAUCUGUGCGAGAUUUUGCCGCGAUUACAAUGUCGAUACUACUCAAUAUCUUCGUCUCCGAUGGUUCAUCCAACUUCGAUUCACAUUACGGCAGUAGUGGUGGAGUACAAAACACCGACAGGUAGAAUAAAUAAAGGCGUGACGACCAGUUGGUUGAAGGAAAAACAUCCUUCCAAUCCACUUUGUCUUGUUCCAAUCUUUGUAAGAAAAUCUCAAUUUCGCUUGCCAACGCAUCCGAGUACCCCUAUCAUUAUGGUUGGUCCAGGAACUGGUUUAGCACCAUUCAGAGGCUUUAUACAAGAGCGGGAAUUUGUUAGGAAAUCAGGUAAAACGACAGGCGACACGAUACUGUACUUUGGAUGCAGGAAAAGCCAAGAGGACUAUCUCUAUCGUGAAGAAUUAGAGCAAUAUGUGAAGGACGGCAUUUUAAUAUUGCACACCGCGUUCAGCCGGGAGCAAUCGCACAAAGUCUACGUCACGCAUUUACUCGAGGAGAAUAAGGAGGAAAUAUGGCGUGUUAUUGGCGAACAAAACGGACAUAUCUAUGUUUGCGGGGAUGCAAGAAACAUGGCGCGCGACGUACACAACAUUUUGCUCAAAGUGGUGAUGGAACGUGGUAAUAUGUCAGAACUUGACGCUGCAAAUUAUAUUAAGAAGAUGGAGUCACAAAAGCGAUACUCUAGUGAUGUUUGGAGUUGAGCCAUAUUAAUUACACUAUAGAGAAAUACACAGAAGCAUUUUUUUAAGUGCGAGAGCCUGCUUGAUUCAGUAAAGCGACGGAAUGGUAGUAAUGACAUUCACUCAAAUCACUUAUCAUUUUCUCUAUAAUCAUUUAAUAAUUUUCAUCCGAUGAGUUUUAUUCUGCCAUUAUGUCCUGCCGAAUAGAAUAAUUGUAGUUAAAUUAUAUUCGAUAGCCAGAGCUAGCAUUGCAU